CACGUCAUGGAAUCGAAUAAUUUCCUGUGGUAUCCUGGACUCGGAAACGGUUCGAUGCUCUAGAUUUGGUUUUGACAACUGAAGAACGGACUCUGCCGGCAGCAAAGCGCGUUGCCCCGGUCCGUUGCAGAGCGUCCUGGCACCGCAGUGACCGCGAAUGAAUGAUUCUGGUGUUGUCAAGAACACCCGUUGUGAUCAAGAGCAUAGAGGAAUUGCUCGCCGUCGCGAUGGUGAACAAUUGACACACGGUAUCAGGUCAACUCAAGGUUAAAGCGAUCUCAACACGAAUGCCAUCUUUUGGUCGGAAGCACUCAAGGCCGCACGAAGACCACCACGCUGGCAACCUGGCCGUGCCAACAACACGAGCAACCAUAUUCCAGCAAAGAAGCCUGCGCCCGGGCUUGUCCGACGGCGGGACGGACGGUGCCAACCCGUCAGCCAACUUGCAGUCUUCGCUGUAGCCUGCAAAUCUCCAAGAUAAAAGUACCCGGUCGCCUAUCCACGGUUCCCGGCUGUCUCCUGCAGGCAUGGGAAAAACAACUUGGCAGCGUCACGCAUCGCAUAAGUGCCAGUGUCCAGCGGCAGUGUCUGUGUCGGAUGGCUGCACUCGAGCGUGGCAGAUUUGCAUGGCGUCCGUCCAUCCGCGCUCGAAAACCUGAGCUCUGGACACUGGCAGCAGCAGACUGUGCAGCAAUGACAAACAGCCAGCAAAGCCAUAAUCAUGCAAGCAUAUGAUGUGUCCUAUCCAAUGCGAAUUCAGCGCCCCUAUUCACGGCCAGGAAUGGUCUGGACGAGUCCGUUGAUGGCCCCGCAAACAAACCAAACCAGACCGACGCAGAGGCGCGGCGGACAGCCCCAGCAAACCAGCCAAAGCGACAACAGCUAUCCCAGCCUCCGUUGUAUUCUCGAACGUACCAGCUUGAGGCGAGGAGAGCCACUGUUCAAUCAGCGCGAACGGUGUUACGUGUCCGCUUCCUCCCCAGCCCCACCACUACCACUUCGAGCCGAGAGACAAUAAAAAUGCAAGCCAUGCUAAGUGACAACUCGCGGGACCCCCCGUUCUACCUGCAGCGCAGCACUGUCAUCCAGCACCAACAGCAAGAUCCGAACACGCAUGCCAAUCUCCCGAGUGGUGCAAUUGCCAAUCUCGCCCCUGGUGCCAACGUCAACGUCAAUGCCAAUGCGAAUGCAAGUGCCGCGCCGCCCCGCCGAACGGGCACGUCUCGCCGUGCGGCUCCGUCGGAGGACCGACCGUUUGCCUGUCCGGUUCCUGGCUGUGGCGGACGUUUCCACCGCAAGUUCACACUUCAUGAACACCUGAAGACGCACACUGGUGAACAGCCACACCAGUGCCCCGUGGCGGAAUGUGGCAAGCGCUUCAGUACGUCAGGCAACCUGGCCCGCCACCGUAAGCUCCACGCGAUGCGUAAGAUCAGUUGCCCCGCUGCGCAUUGUACACGUGUCUUCACGAGCCGCGAGAAGCUCGUGCCUCAUCUGAAAGUCCACCUCGCACGCACUCCACACACGUGCGACUUUGCUGGUUGCGGGAAGACGUUCAGCACCGCCGGUAACCUGACCCGACACCGGCGCACGCAGCACCGUGCCGGCCCUUCGACCCGUCAGGAAGCUCUUCCCGUUCCGUCCGGACCAAUUCCAACGCUACCCCGUCCAAGGUUUGAGUUCCCUGGCAGAGCCCCGCCUCCGACCGGUUCGCUACCUAUGCGUGGUCUGCUUUGGCCGCCACAGCCGCCCGUCGAACAGCAGCACCCUCCCCAACAACGCAUUCUGGAGUCGGACGUGCAGGAUCUGUUCGACUGCUUGUUCGUCGAGAACGCCCAGGCCGCUGCAGCGGCGCAGGCUAACGGUCACCACAAUGUUGCCAUUAUCAGGGACAGAUUGCCGAAACUGGAGCCCCCACGCGAGAACAGGGCCCCUCAGCAACAAUCCCAGGCGCCGUACCUUACGGCUACGUACGAAUUUUAGGCUUUGUAGAGAGUAAACUGCAUGGAGGGGGUUGUCAUGCAACCAUUAUUCGUAAACUAUCAAUCCAAACGGCUAGAAGUGCCGAGGUUUUCAUGAUCCA